CCCCACCACCACCGUGUCUGUAGUCCACGUCGGUCCUUCACAGCGAGGGGAAGACAUCUGUGGAAUCCUGGAGCCAGUGGAGCAAACAGCAGCAGCUCUGCUCAACCUCAGCGCCAACAUGUUGUACCUGGAGACCGGGCCCACCACCACAUCCUACAGCGAGUCCCAGUACACCAACCUGGGGCUCCUGAACAGCAUGGACCAAAGCAUCCAGAACGGGGGCUCCACCUCCACCAGCCCCUACAACAACGACCACGCCCAGAACAGCGUGACCGCGCCCUCGCCCUACGCCCAGCCCAGCUCCACCUUCGACGCCCUCUCCCCCUCGCCGGCCAUCCCGUCCAACACCGACUACGCCGGGACGCACGCCUUCGACGUGUCCUUCCAGCAGUCGAGCACGGCCAAGUCGGCCACCUGGACGUACUCCACGGACCUCAAGAAGCUGUACUGUCAGAUCGCCAAGACCUGCCCCAUCCAGAUCAAAGUGCUGACCAACCCGCCGCAGGGCGCCGUCAUCAGGGCCAUGCCGGUCUACAAGAAGGCGGAGCACGUGACGGAGGUGGUGAAGCGCUGCCCGAACCACGAGCUGAGCCGCGAGUUCAACGACGGUCAGAUUGCUCCCCCCAGUCACCUGAUCCGCGUGGAGGGAAACAACCACGCCCAGUACGUGGAGGACUCCAUCACUGGGAGACAGAGCGUCCUGGUUCCCUAUGAACCGCCUCAGGUCGGGACAGAAUUCACCACCAUCUUGUACAACUUCAUGUGCAACUCCAGCUGCGUUGGCGGGAUGAACCGACGCCCCAUCCUCAUCAUCGUCACCCUGGAGACCAGAGAUGGACAGGUACUCGGCCGGCGGUGCUUCGAGGCCCGGAUCUGCGCCUGCCCGGGCCGAGACCGCAAGGCCGACGAGGACGGCAUCCGCAAGCAGCACGUGACGGACGCCACCAAGGGCGGCGACGGCUUCCGCCAGGUGUCCCACGGCAUCCCGAUGUCCACCAUCAAGAAGAGACGCUCCACGGACGAGGAGGUCUUCUGUCUCCCGAUCAAAGGACGGGAGAUUUAUGAGAUCCUGGUGAAGAUCAAAGAGUCUCUGGAGCUCAUGCAGUUCCUGCCUCAGCACACCAUCGAGUCGUACCGGCAGCAGCAGCAGAACCUGCUCCAGAAACAGACCUCCAUGCAGUCUCAGCCCUCCUACGGCUCCUGCUCUCCUCCUCACGGGAAAGUGAACAAGCUCCCGUCGGUCAGUCAGCUGAUCAACCCCCAGCAGAGGAACACGCUGACCCCCUCCGGUAUGGGAGGAGGUCUGACUGACAGUAAUGACUCCAUGAUGGGCUCUCACAUCCCCAUGAACGACAUGAGUUCACUGAGCCCCACUCACGCCCUGCAGUCCCAGCUCCCCCUGGUGCCUUCCUCCCACUGUACCCCCCCUCCUCCAUACCCAAUGGACAGCAGCAUCUCCAGCUUCCUUAUACGGUUGGGCUGCGCAGGCUGCCUGGACUACUUCACAGCACAGGGCCUAACCAACAUCUACCAGAUCGAGAACUAUAACAUGGAGGACCUGUCCAGGAUGAAGCUCCCCGCCGAGUUCCAGCACGUCAUCUGGAAGGGCAUCAUGGAGCACCGGCAGGCCAUGGACUUUUCCCCUCCUCCCCACAUAGUGCGCACCACCAGCGGGGCCUCCACCGUCAGCAUGGGCUCCUCGGAGGCGCGGGGCGAGCGCGUCAUCGACGCCGUGCGCUUCACGCUGCGCCAGACCAUCUCCUUCCCGCCGCGCGACGAGUGGUCCGACUUCUCCUUCGACCUGGAUUCACGCCGCAACAACAACAACAACAACAAGCAGCAGCAGCGCAUCAAGGAGGAGGGGGAGUGACGGGGCGGCCCCCCCACCCCACCACCACAGCCCCCCCCCCCCCCCCCCCUCCUCCCCCCCUACAACCCCCGCGCCCCCCCCGUCUGUCAUUUCACGCCUGCUGUCGGAACAUUUCUCUCACCCUGGUAUUAGUGCAGAUGCUGCUGAGGAGUGCACUUAUUUUAUUUUACUUUAUUUUAUUUUUUGUUAUUGUUCUCGUCGAGGAGGAAACGAAGCGGUUUGAUUUUGUUCUGGUUUCUUGAGAGCACUUAAGAAAUGACCAGGAGUCUUUUUUUAUUUUUUAAUGUUGAAUUGUUGUUAUUCGGGCUUGUAUUUCUGCUUAUGGGCCUCUUUAACGCGCCACACUGCUUCAGUUGGUCGACUACACUGGUUUAAAAAAAAGAAUAAAUAAAAAAAAGUCACCAUUGAUUGUAAACAUUUCAAACGUUUCCUGUUCAAAGUAUUAUGUUGUUUUUCUGCUUCUAUAUUUUGCUUUAUUUUCCAGAGACAGAUGGUCAUUCAUGUGAUGAUUACAUUCAUGUGUGUGUGUGUACACAUGUGUGUGUGUGUAUAUAAAGGCCUGAUGCUCUUCACCCAGUAAAAUGUAUGACUGACGUUCGUGUUUCAUUUGAUAACUCGCCAAACACUGAUAGAAAUGUACAUAAAUAUGUAUAGAUCCUUUUUUUUUUUUUUUCAAAGUCUCCCUAAAGAACACGAACAAA